AUGGAGGGGUCCAGUGACCAGCCUUUUUGCUGGAGGUGGGCGCGCUGCGGGGUCACCGCGGCCCACCGGGAGGAACUGUACCACAUCCUGAGGAUGACAGGCCCUCUGCUGCUCUCCCGAAUCCUCAGUUAUCUGCUUCCGUUUGUGGUCACCAUGUUCUGUGGACGUCUGGGAAAUGAGGUGAUGGCUGGCUAUGGAUUAGCGUCUGCUACCAUUAAUGUUACCACGGCAGCGACAGGAUACGGUCUGGGGCUGGCAUGUGAUACUUUAGUGUCUCAGACCUUUGGUGGUAAGAACCUUCACCAGGUGGGAGUGAUCCUUCAGCGGAGCAUCAUCAUUCUGCUGCUGUUCUGCCUGCCCUGCUGGGGACUCCUCAUUAAUGCCCAGACCAUCCUGCUGUGUCUGGGCCAGGACCCCGAGGUGGCCAGAAUAGCACAACUGUAUAUUACAGCCUUUCUUCCUGCGGUGCCAGCAAUGUUCCUCCAUCAUCUUCAGGUGUCCUACCUGCAGAAUCAGGGUAUAAUUCUGCCACAAAUGUACACUGCUGCUUUGGCAAACAUAGCGAACGUGGUGACAAACUACACCUUCCUUUACUGGCUGGAUCUCGGUGUUGGUGGAUCUGCAGCAGCCAACACUCUGUCUCAGAUUUACAUAAGUGCUUUUCUGUUUGCUUACAUUUGGUGGAAGAAGCUCCAUGUGAAAACAUGGGGAGGCUGGUCUGCAGAAUCACUGCAGGAGUGGGGCUCCUACAUGAAGCUGGCCGUCCCCAGCACUUUAAUGAAAUGCUUUGAGUGGUGGGUUUAUGAGUUCGGGGGAUUCUUUGCAGGAAUGCUGAGUGAAGAUGAGCUUGCAGCCCAGCAUGCUGUGAUAAUGGUGGCUUUCAUCACCUACAUGUUCCCACUCGGUAUCCAAGCUGCAGCAUGUGCACGAGUCGGGAACGCUCUCGGUGCAGGAGACAGUGCCAGGGCGGUCCUAACCAGCAAGGUGUCCCUCACUCUUGCAGGUAGCUUUGCAGUUAUUGAAGGAGUUGUGCUUGGCUCUACUAAAUCAGUGAUCGGCUUCAUCUUCACCUCUGACGAGAAGAUCAUAGGUCUGGUCUCGCACUUGAUGAAUGCGUACUGCUUCCUGCAGUUCUUUGAUGGUCUUGUGUGUGUGUGCACAGGCAUCUUCUUGGGCACAGGCAAACAGAAGAUACCAGCUGUGGCUAAUUUCAUUGGAUACUACUGCAUUGGGCUUUCUUUGAGCGUUACUUUAAUGUUUGUUGCCAAACUUAGAGUUUUAGGUUUUUGGCUGGGACUGCUCGUUUGCGUAGUCUUCCAAUCCACUUUCUACAUUACUGUCAUCUUUAAGCUGAAUUGGGAGAAGAUGACAGAGGAGGCUGUGAAACGAGCUCAGAAAACGACAAACUUGUCAUUAUUUGGCACGGCUGGCUCAUCAAACACAGAGGGACCUGCUGUUCAAACAGUGUGCAGUGAGAGAUCGGCGGAUGGCUACAUGUCCGUCAGCACGGAGUGCUAUGAUGGGAACACUGAGACAAACGGGGUACAUGUGGCCCGGCAGCAGGAAGCUGGCCGUCUCUCCCCCAGCCAGCUCAUCGUCAGACGUGGCCUCGUGAUGUUUGCAGCCCUUACUCUUCUUGCAGUGGGAGCAAGCGUGCAUUUCUUUGUGCCCUUGCCAGAGACCCACUCCGCAGAGAGAAACCACACUAUAGACCUGAUCAACUCAACACACCCUCCGGAUCAAAGUUUCUCAUAAAGCGUCAGAGUGAACCAAAGAUGGAAGAUUUAUUUUAAUAUGUCAAGCAAAACAGCUGUUAAACCUUCCUCAAUGUAACUCAACUCUUCGACUGUGGCUGGUGUUAGGUUCCUAAAUCAUCACAACAUAAAUUAAUAACUUAGGAAAGACACAGAGACUUGUGGAAUGAUUUUCAAGGCCUUCUGCAGAAGGUUGGAGAGAAGUCCUGAGGAGCUUUAGGGCAACAUGGCCCUCCUCUUUAGAGCUCGUCAGGCCUUCUGACCAAAUUCUCCCUGCAGUCGAGCCCUUUUUAUUCAGCAAGGAUGACAGGAAAAACCAUAUUUGGUAAACAAUGAACAAUUAGAAGAAACAGAUGGUCAAACAGAUCAGAUGAUGGUUGAAAAGUCACACCUAUGACUUUCCAGUUAAUAAACAACUUAUCUGUGCUGUGCAGAGCAACAGACAUCCUUUUAAGAAACCUUAAGUGGUCUUGUCAUCAGAUGGUCAACUAACCCUUAAAGACAAUGAGACGGCUGUCAGUCGACCCCCCUGACAAAAAACAAAUAACAGGCUUACCUGUUAUCUGUUAGAGCAUGUGAUGGGGGUCUUGAAACAGAUGCACCUAAAGACAAUGGUGCAUUUGACCAACCAGGAAGUCAGCAGUUUUAACCUCCUGAGUAUGUCAAAGCAUGUCUAAAACACAGUCAGCUCUCUGACUUGACUUGAUUCUGAUUCUCAUAAGAACAAACUUAAUUCAGACUUUGAUUAAUCUGACACUGGCUGCCUUCAGAGAAUAUCUUGUUUGUUCAUCACAUGGCUUCUUCCUUUCUUGAUUCUCUUUGCCUCUUGCUCAUCUGCACUUGUGCUUCUACCUCGUCAUGCAGCACAAGUACCUGCGUUAUGCUGAGCACCGGUGGCUAAGGGCUCUCCCUGCUAAGUACAGUAGACUUCGCUCCCAGUCAUGUAACCAAGUUAGUGAUUAACACGUUCGAAAUGAUUCCAGCAGCCAAGAUGACCAGCAUGACGGCCAGAGCCAGGCCUCUGCGCAGCACCAGAGUCCUGCAGGGAAGCUCGUCUCCUGCCGUUUUGGACGCAGGCACCUCUUCACCCUCCACCUGAAUUAAAGCCUCUGUUUGAUCCAGCGAGUUUCCCGCAUCUUCUGGUUGAAGACCUGGAAAUAAAAAUGCACAUUAGACAUCUCUUUGCGACUUAAUGAUGAAAGUUUUAUGGAAUAUCUUUGUAAAACUAUGUUUUAACAUCUAUUAUGUAGAUUUUCAUGAGCUCUGUACAUUAAUACAAAUAAUUAAAAAAAAUUAGAUCUCCAAAUUCUGAGA